GUCACGGCGCGUCACAGGGGCCAUAAGCUGGAUACCUACAGACAAAGCAGAUCAAGAAGAGAGACAUCGAAAACAGAAGGAGUGCCUCAUAAAACUGGCAGCCCAAUCUUCAGAAGGAGUCCAGACAUGACAAAAUCACCAGUGACAAAGUCAGAACAACUGUUAAGAAUAGACGACCAUGACUUCUCUAUGCGACCAGCAUUUGGAGGACCUCCUAUUCCAGUAGGUGUUGAUGUACAGGUUGAGAGCCUUGACACCAUAUCUGAAGUGGAUAUGGACUUCACCAUGACCCUAUAUCUAAGGCACUACUGGAAGGACGAACGCCUGUCUUUCCCCAGCACCAACAAUCAGAGUUUGACCUUUGACAGCAGGUUGGUCAAGAAGAUCUGGGUGCCGGAUAUGUUCUUCGUCCACUCAAAGAGAUCCUUCAUCCAUGACACCACCACAGAUAAUGUCAUGCUUCGGGUGUAUCCUGAUGGCAAUGUCCUCUACAGCCUGAGGGUCACAGUAACUGCCAUGUGCAACAUGGACCUGAGUCGUUUUCCUCUGGACACACAAACAUGCUCACUGGAGAUCGAAAGCUACGCGUACACUGAUGAUGAUCUCAUGCUCUACUGGAAGAAGGGCAAUGAGUCUCUGAACACAGAUGAACGCAUCUCUCUGUCCCAGUUCCUUAUCCAGAAGUUCCACACCACCACAAAGCUAGCCUUCUACAGCAGCACAGGCUGGUAUAAUCGUCUCUACAUCCAUUUCACCCUGCGACGGCACAUCUUCUUCUUCCUACUUCAGACCUAUUUUCCUGCAACCCUGAUGGUCAUGCUGUCCUGGGUGUCCUUCUGGAUCGAUCGCAGAGCUGUGCCUGCCAGGGUACCUCUGGGAAUAACGACUGUGCUAACCAUGUCAACCAUCAUCACUGGUGUCAACGCCUCCAUGCCCCGAGUCUCCUACAUCAAAGCAGUGGACAUUUACCUAUGGGUCAGCUUUGUAUUCGUCUUCCUUUCUGUGAUAGAGUACGCAGCUGUGAAUUACCUAUCGACAGUACAAGAACGGAGAGAGAGAAAACUCAGAGAUCGGCUACCCUGUACGUGUGGCAUAGCAAACCCCGAUGACAUGAUGAUGAACCCGAGCUACAGUGAUGUGGACCCAAACAACACGGGGACCUACGGGAUGCCCGAGAAUGGCGGGCGCCAGGAGAGGAUUUUAGCCCAGUUCACUCUGGGGGACAAUCAGACCACCAGCCAGGUGAAGAGUUCCAGGAACUACGUUAACAUCUGGAUCGACACGCAUGCCAUAGACAAGUACUCAAGAGUGGUCUUUCCUGGUGCCUACACCCUCUUCAACAUCGUCUACUGGUCCAUCUACUCAUAA